ACCAGUCAAAAGUGUCAAAUUAUUUCUAACAUUGGAAGGUUAUGUGUUUGCAUUUAAUAAUAAACAAAUAAAAAUGAACAGAACGGUGAUGUCCGAGUCUUUCGCCGUGAUAGGGCCGACCGGGCCCCGGGGCCGUUCAGUGGCCUCUGUCGCCGCCACAGUGGGUCAAGAUCACGUCUUCGAAGUCCCCACAAAACUAGUCAAAACACCGGCAGAUAUGAAAAUCUGGGAGAAAUCCGAGGCCUAUUUUGAAUUUUUGGGGUUUAUUCUGGCCAUAAAUGAAGCAGUUAAAGGCAAAAGUAAUUCGCGAGGUAGCGAAAAUCUCUCAACGGAAGUCCAGAAAGUAAUUGAGUUGUUAGAUAAACUUGAUACCAAAGUUGAUGAGACGCCUCCAAUCCAACAACCCCAGAGAUUUGGAAAUGUGGCGUUUAGGACUUGGCACCAAAGAAUGCGAGAUGAUACGCUCAUUUUGAUGCAGGAUGUGCUUCCAACUGAAUUGAAUGCUGCCAUCCCUGAAAUCGUUUCAUAUUUGGUGGAAUCCUUUGGGAAUUCAACACGGAUUGAUUAUGGGACGGGGCACGAAAUAUCAUUUAUCAUGUUUCUGUGUUCUUUGUAUAAAAUCGGGUUUUUGAAACCCCAUGAUAAGACGGCAACAGGUUGUGCCAUUUUUACCCGAUAUUUGGAUUUGGCGCGAAAAUUGCAAAAGACCUACCGUAUGGAACCUGCCGGAAGCCACGGCGUUUGGAGCCUCGAUGACUACCAGUUUGUUCCAUUUAUUUGGGGUAGUUCUCAGUUAUUUGCCCAUCCAAUCAUUGAACCAUCUGGUUUUUUGGUCCCCCAAAUUUUGAACCAAUUCGGAGACGACUUUAUGUUUCUCACUUGCAUCCAAUACAUAAAUUCGGUGAAGAGUGGCCCCUUUGCCGAGCACUCGAAUCAGCUUUGGAGCAUAAGCGGGGUUUCAUCUUGGACAAAAAUCAACGGGGGGCUGAUUAAAAUGUACAAAGCAGAAGUUUUGAGUAAAUUUCCGGUAGUGCAACAUAUCGUUUUUGGGUCUUUGUUUACACUCAGACCCAUGGAAAACGCGACUGGGAUGAUGGCGGCUAAAACUAGCAUGGUACCGCCCCCAGUGCCGUUCCCCACUAGGUCAUCGUCUACGCUUGGCUCCAAGGAAAGAGAGUCGAAUGAGUCGAUCAGAAGUGGAAGUAUUAUUAGUCCGUUGGAUCAAAAAGAGAACGACUCGGUCGUUUCCAGUAAAGGGGGGUCAGUGCAAAGUUCUAUUAAAGGGUCACAAAUUACCGAUCAAGGGUCAAUUGGUUCGGCCCCCAGUGUAGAAUUGUCCAAAGUAUCGGCGGAAAGUGGUGUAGCAGCGGAGGAAAAAUCUGUGGGGAGCCACUCCCAAGGAGACAACGAAGGGGCAGAUUAAAUUGUAUUUAUUUCAAAGCUUCUUAAAUUAUAACAUUAAAAUGUCUGAAUAAAGAACAAUAAAUGUCA